CGGAAUGGAACAGUUCGACGACGCGGCGAUUCGAUUCGGUUGCGUGAACAGUAUGUUUUCGAUGCGAAAUAUAAAUUUUAUGCAAUAGAAAUAAGUAAACAAGUAUUGAAAAAUCUAUAAGCGCUUUAAUGGCGACGGCGACGACGACAAGCUAAUUUGAAGAAAAAAAGUAAUUUUGUGAUUUUACUAUAAGUUUUGUUUUUUUGUUUGUUUUGAUUUGUCUCAAGCGCGGCAAAUCUGGCGUUAAUGUUUUUUAUAUUUGUUAAUAAAAAGCAAUUAAAUUUCAGUUUCGAUGCGAAGAAAUUCAAAAUCUUAAUUUUUUUGCGACGCGGUAAGACCAACAGGGCGAAUGAGUAAUUAACAAAGUACAACAAAUAAAGAAAGAUCGAAAGAAUCAAAAAACCUAAACAAAGCAUUAGUGGCCCAACAAAAAGAAAAAAAUUAACUAUUUAACUUUAAAAAACAAAUUAAGCCACAAAAAGUAUUAUAAGCGCACACAUGCACGCAUAGGCGGAUAAACAAACCGCUGUGUACUCGCUUUUUAUUUAUAAUUCAGGCAACAACCAACGGCCGGUAAAAGCGAAUGCCGUUUCGCAUUUUUCGCUGUACAAUUUCACAUUGCUUACAAACUAUUUUUAACGUUGGAAAAUUAAUUUUUUUGAUAUUUACAAAAAAAAAAUAAAAAGUUCCAGAAAAAAAUUUAAAAAUUAAAAAUAAACGAAAUCUGUGUGUGCGGUCUACCCGGCUGCUUCGAGUGUUUACGAAUUGUGGCAACAUAUGGCAAACAUUUCUGUCUAUUAACAUUCCACCACCCCAUUUAAAGAGCGUAAAAAAUAUGCAUUUAGUUGACUGCGCUUGAAGAGUCAGAAAGUUCAAGAGGACCAUUUCUCUGUCGUCCGGUAAAACAAGAAAAAAAUUCUGUAUCGAAAAGUGGUGGUUUCGAAACGGCUGUUUUUGCAAUAAUUGCCAAACGGAAAACAACGGUGCCUCAGCGUAUGCGUUUAGCUGCUCGACUUUUGUUUAUCUUUGCACGUCUGGCGAAAGUCAACUUUAGCACCGGCAAUAAAGUGUAACAACAAUACGUGCGAAUAAACACUCUCAGCGCACACUAUUACGGCAGCUCUACCUGCCUGCACUCCAAAUGAAAUGCGAAUACCGGCACUGUGAAAAAGUAGCAAAGCAAAUAAAUAUACAAAUUUAAGCAAAUCAGGUUAUUCGUGCCGUGAAACGAGCACAAUUAAUUCGCGACUCCCACGCCUGCGCAGUGGAUAAGUGACGCGGCCAAAUUCGGUGACAGCCAUGCGUGGCGCAUAUUCGGAGAAACAAUCAAGUUCAUCAGCGGCGUCGGCUGUGCCUUCCCCACGCCCAAGCACCACCGUUGUCUGGCAACCUGUAAACACACACACACACACACAUACAUACAUACAUGCCAUAUGAACAAGUCUUUUGCAUCAGUGCAUCUGUUGCGCUUAAUGAAUAAUACAAUUUUCUCUUAGUGUGCGGCAUCAAAAGAGCCAGUAAAGCAAUAAAAAAAAAAAAAACAAUCGCAAAUCUAUUUGCAGCGCAGUCGGUGGCCUUUGGCCUAUACUUUUAUUCUACACACAAACAUAUAGUAUUUAUGGCAACUGUCCGAUAGCGGCUCGUUUGUUGCAGUGCUGAUUGACUGUAUUGGACGCGCCGUAUUGGCGGCCGGCAGUAUUACACUUUUACAAGGUGCCAAGUGUGCCAUUUCGUGCUAUGACAGAUUUUUCGCACCUCGCACCUCUGUGAGGCGUUGCCAUUUUGUGUGUGGUUUCAAAAGUGGGUCACAUUUGGUGGUGGAAGGCGGCGACGUGCGUUGUUUGGCAAAGACAAAAGCCAAAUUAAAAAGGAAUUUCGCACCAAUGUUUUACGUUGGUAACAAAAAACAAAGAUUACAAGUGCAAUAGCAAUAAAAGCAAAUGAAAAAAUUUAUAUAUAGAUUUGUAAGUGCUAAUUUAUGUUAAAAAUCCUUAUUUGGGCUAAGAGCUUUGCUAUGCCAAAGUAGAGAAGAAAAAAAAUCAAUUAAUUUCACAAUGAGCUACUAUUAAAAUUGUUAGUGAAGCGAACGUGACGGAACGGGCAAAGUGCCAUACAAAUCGGCGCGAAAACGCGAAAAAGACGUGCGAUUAAUUGAUUAAAAAAAGUCUUUCCAGCAGCGAUAAAAAACAAAUAAACUGUGAAAUAAACAUAAAUUUAUAUUUGUGCAUAGUUGUGGUUAUAGAAAUUUUACACACAAAUAUUUGUGUGCGUAGAAGUGGAAAGCAAAACAAGGCCCGAAAAUUCAUUCAUAACAUCCAUUCAACGUUGCGCUCUUCUAAUUUGCGUGCGCUAUAAACUCACUCUCCGUCGCUCUGCGCUCAUUUGCAAAGAGCUCUCUGUUGUCGCCCGCAGCUCUUCAAACGUUUUGUAUACGAAGAUGCAUACGUCACAUCUGGUCACUCCAACAGCGGCUGAAACGCCGAAUACUCAUCAACACCAACACCCACACCAUGGUUACCAAAACCACAAUUACCAUUACAACAGCCCACAGUAUCAUAGCAGCAGCAGCAGCAGCAGCAGCAGUAUUAAUAACAACAAUCCAAAUUACAUACCUCACGAUCAAUCCACCACCAAUUUCACCAACUCAAAUCCAACACACCAUCUCUAUACUUCCGCCACCACAAACCCUACCCAUAUAAACAGCGGUACACCAUCUACGUCGCCACAACACAAAUUUGCGCCUGCACGUAGGCUUGCCGCUCGUCAGACGUUACGUCUGCAAAUACCCAAACAACAGGGUGACACAUAUGGCUUUCAAAAUGCCUGCAAUGCUGGUGUGAAUGCUGCUUCUUCCAAUUAUUACAAGUAUUCACCAUCACAACUGCCGCCUGCGCCGAUAUUAAAGCGCAAUACAACGACACCAACAACGGCAUAUCACACAAAGAACUCGUUGCCGAAAUCAGCUUCGCCGUUGGAGUCACAUAAGCUGCCGAAUGUUGUUUGUAGUAGCGCUUCACCUUCUCCGCAAUUAUCCUCUACAUCUGCGCUACACUACAAUGGCAGCAAUGGUGGGUUGUCGAUCCAAACAGCCACUGCCACACCCACCAGCAGUGCAAACAAAUUCCUGAAUUUACGUAAACCGAGUAUCACCUUGAAUUCGGCGGAUGUGCGCAACAAUAACGGUACUAGUGGCAGUAGUAUUGGAAGUUGUGGCAGUGAUUUAUUUGGUUUCGCUAAGGAAUUGUCACCAUCGAUGGAUAUGAGCGAUCAUUCACCGAUUUUUGCCUCAUCCAUUUCGCCUUCAACAAGCUCAGGCUGCUCACCCACGCACCACAUCAAUCGGCUUUUCAGUUUAAGCCCCUCAACUAUGCGCAGUUACGGCAAUGUAAGUAUGCAUUUUAUUACUUUUUUAUUGCUUUAAUAGGUACAUUUAUUGACUGGUUGUGUUUAUCACGAUUGACUAAACAGUUUCACUUCAUUUGUAAAAUCUUUUAUACAAAAGAAAAUUAAAAGGCAGAGCUUAGUUCAAACAGAUUUGAAGUGGGUAUGAGCAAGUCAAUUAUUAUAAAACGAUUAUUAUUUAGAUUCCCCCUAAUAAGUGC